GAAAGUUCAGUGCGCGUUCGGCAAUGAAUGAACCGUGUUGGGUUUUUAUUUAGUGAGGAAGGUGUUCGCCAAGUAUUUCCUCCGUUUUCCUAUUCGCUCGGUCGAUCGUCGUCAUUUCCAAUCAGUUAUAAGAAGAAAGUGCAAAUAGAUCAACAGAAUUCUAGUGUUCAAGUAAAAAGUGCUAUACUUAAUGGUGAAUGAUAAUAAUCUUGUGCGAAACGAAGAUUUCACUAUUCCGUGCAAAACAGAAUAGCUCAGCUGGUGAAAUUACUAACUAAUCUUGGGGUGCAGUGAUCGCAUUUGAAUUUCCAUUGAAAGUGCGUGAAUAAGUGCGAAAAAAGUGUGCAUUCGGAGCAACCGAGAUGGCGGAGUUCGACCUGAAUGUGGACAGUUUGAUACAACGGCUCCUUGAAGUACACAAUAAACAAAAUAGCAAUCAGCAGCCGAUUAUAGAAGAGACACAACAGGAUGAAUUUAGUGUAACGCUCAUAAGUCAACCGAAAGAGGAAAAGAAAAAGCCGAAAUUUAAAGAUCUAUUCUCAACUGAAUUUGUGCGAGGAUGCCGUCAAGGAAAAUCAGUUCAAAUGACAGAGGCUGAAGUGCGUGGUUUAUGCCUGAAAUCUCGUGAAAUUUUCCUGCAACAACCGAUACUACUUGAGCUGGAAGCACCACUUAUUAUUUGCGGCGAUAUCCACGGACAAUACACAGAUUUACUGCGAUUAUUUGAAUAUGGUGGAUUCCCGCCGGCAGCCAACUAUUUAUUCUUGGGCGAUUACGUUGAUCGGGGAAAACAAUCAUUGGAAACAAUCUGCUUGUUGCUUGCCUAUAAAAUAAAGUAUCCAGAAAAUUUCUUUUUACUACGUGGAAAUCAUGAAUGCGCCAGUAUUAAUAGAAUUUAUGGAUUCUAUGAUGAAUGUAAACGCCGGUACAAUGUCAAAUUAUGGAAAACAUUCACAGAUUGUUUCAAUUGUUUGCCAAUAGCCGCAAUCAUUGAUGAGAAGAUAUUCUGCUGUCAUGGAGGCUUAAGUCCCGAUCUACAAGGCAUGGAACAAAUCCGUCGAUUAAUGCGGCCUACUGACGUUCCAGACACCGGACUUUUGUGUGAUUUAUUAUGGAGUGAUCCUGAUAAAGAUGUACAAGGCUGGGGCGAGAAUGAUCGAGGUGUUAGUUUUACAUUUGGAGCUGAUGUUGUAUCGAAAUUUUUAAAUCGACAUGAUUUAGACUUAAUAUGUCGGGCGCAUCAGGUGGUCGAAGAUGGAUAUGAAUUCUUUGCGAAACGACAGCUUGUCACGUUGUUCUCAGCACCAAACUACUGUGGUGAAUUUGAUAAUGCCGGUGGUAUGAUGUCAGUCGACGAGACAUUAAUGUGUUCUUUCCAGAUUUUAAAGCCAUCGGAGAAGAAAGCCAAAUACUUAUACACCGGUUUGAACUCGGGCCGACCGUCAACGCCUCAACGCAACACGCCACCAAUAGCAGCAAACAAGAAGAAAUAAUAUCACAUUGAACCACUUCCAUAUCCGUAAAAUCUAUAUUUAAAUAUAAUUAAAUAGAAAUAUUACAUUUAAAACCUACAUAUGUGUAAAAACAGAGCAAAGCUAAAAACACUAAUGAAACAUGAAAAUGAGUAAUCAAAAGUUAUUUUUAAAAGAGUAAUAUCAGUCAUAAGAGAAAGGUAAAAGUCAUUGAAUGAUUAUUAACAGCCUAGGAUUGAACUUGAGCUGAAUCCGAAGACACUGACACCGCAAUCAGAAAAAUUAGAUUCAACACAUUUUGAAAACGAACAAAAACCGCAUGCAGAGGAACGGAUAGAUGAAAAAUUGUAAUAAAUGCAGUGGAUGGUUACGAUUGUAGAAACCCGAGCUGUAGAAUGUUUUGAUUUUUUAAUUAUAUUGAAUCAAGAGUUUAAUUAUGUAGACCUAAACCUUCGAAGCAGAAGUUAAGUAAUGACUACACAAAUCAGCAGAUUGUAGACGAGCUAUUCUAUGUAGUUUUUAAUCGACAUAUUUUCUUCUCCCCUUAGAACCAUAGGUGGUAAUCAAAUUGAAAUAUUUUUUAAAUCAAUUAUAUAUUUGAUGAUAUUUUAGAAGAGAUGAAUAUAGCAAGAAAAAACUGAUAAAAUGUGAGUGCAUGCCGCAAAAUGUUAACUAUUCUUAUAGAAAGAAAUGAGAAUUAUUAAAGUGUAUUAUAAGAAAUCGCUGAAAAGAUACAGUUUUUUUCUACAUGCCUUCAAGAUUACUUACACUACUAUCACUAAUUGCUGUUGCGUUUUUGAAUUACAAUUUUUUCAAAUAUGAAUUCACACAAAUUAGAAUUCUGCAGAUUUAUUUAUAAUAGAUAUUUAUCGAGAGGAGAAAAUAGAAAAGAACGACAAAAAAAAAUUGUUUUGAAAUUGUAUCUACUUAUAGUUGAAUUAUACACCGAAUUGUACGAGUAUGGCUUCGAUCUCCAAUAUCAAUUUAUUCUUAUAAUACAGCUCUACGCGAAAGAAGGGAAGAAAUGUCUAAUGUUCGUCCAAAUCCGAUUAAGUGCUUUGUUAUGUACUAUUUAAAAUAAAACUGUUUUUCGCCAUUAAGGAGAAGAAUAUUGCGUGUGACAAGAAUCGUAACUUUUAAAUUUUGUUUGAAAAGAGAAUCGUAUUCUUAUACAUAUGAUACUUAAGUAUUCUAUUCGAAAUUAACAAAGGUAGGUCCACGCUGAUUUCAUUGUCAAGCGCGCCGAUUGAAUCUAUACGCAAUACGCGAAUAUACAUAUAUUUACCAAUGCAUUUUCGUUCAGAUUCCAUCAUCGUGCACUUACCCUAAAAAUCCAAUUAAACGGCUCUUAUGACUUGGAAAGAAAUGGUGAGAAGUACGAGAAGAUUCUGUUUUUGGAUGGAUUUUUUAUAAUAAGGAAGGUAUUGCCAUAUUUUUUUAGACAAUACUUUGAGGAAAAAAAAAACAAGAAACAAAUGAGAAAAAAAAAUCAGAGGAAAACUUAUGUGAUUAUCGAAAUUUUCUCUUGUCGAGACAAUAAAUGCUAUUGUUGUUUCGUCAUUGAAAUCAAAACGAUUUGUGCUUUAUAUUUAUUACACAAAAUUCUUUAUUUAUGUCUCCUUUUCUUCUUCUUUACCAGAAAAAUAUCUAUUUCCUUGAGUAGACGUCGUGAACUUGAAUAGAUACGACAGAAAAUUAUAUGAAACUUUCCAAAUAAAUCACGGAAAAUUGAAAUAUUUGAAACAUUUAAUUCGGAAAAGAGUAAAUGUUUCAAUGUAAAUAUAAAAUGGUUUGAAGUUAUGUCUUUUUCAUAAGCAUUUGAUUUCAUUUUAAUUAUUAAAAUCGUUCUAGUAUUGCCAUGUAUGUAUUUUGUAUUUUCAACUUAAAGCUCUCACAGCAUUGAGAGCAAAUGCAUUUUUUUUUCAAGAAAGAACUCUUUGAAUUCUUUGAAUUUUAAUUUAAUGCUAUUUUCACUUUUCUAAUUGUUUUAUUUUAUUUAUAUGAAUUCAUUAUUGCAAUAUACGAAUACAAAGAUGAGCUAGGAAUACAUCAGAUUUCGAAAGAUUAUAUAAAAUCAAACUUUGUAGAACGAGCAAGUAUAGUAAGAACAUGUGUAUUAAAGAUUCUUUCAUUUUACGAUAUGA